AAAUACACUGCGGCGGCCGCCGUCCGCCAUAUUGCGAUAAUGUUGAGAAAGCGCAGAUUGGUUACGGGGUACACCGAAAACCGUAUGCUACACUAAAUCAACCAACUUGUUCAAUGCACUCCGCAGGCGGUUAAGGAGCUCCGCGCAGCGCCCUGAAGCCGUCCGCCAUGGCCGCCAACGCCCGGGAUGACGACUUCGACGAGUACGACAAGCCAGGAGCUGAGAGAUCGCGUAGGAGAAGGGGAGAUGAAGAUUUUGACAGUGACCUGGAAGGGGAAUUGCUUGAGGAGGACUGGCUGACGUCUCGGAAGAAUCCUUCAGAAGGCUCCGAUGAAGAGCUAAACGAUGACCUUUUGCAGAGUGACGAGGAAGACCAGAACAUGAGUGGCCAAGCAAUGGUCAUAAGCCUAAAUGCCACAGCCGGCUUGGACGUGACCAUUGACCUCCAAGAGCAGUCGCUGGAGGAGACCGACUAUGCGGGUGAUGACGCCGAUGGCAUGGGCGUGGAAGAAUACGAGGGCGGAGACGGGGCAGCGGAGGGAUAUACGCAUGAGGACUACGCGGAAACCUAUGGGGCGGACGGCUCCGGGCUGCCCGAGGACCAGCUGGAGUAUGGUGAAGAGCAGGCUGAGGAGCAGGCCUACCAGGACGAGGUCCUCGACCUAGAGAUCAGCGAACCCCUGGAUGACGAGUUUCAAGUCGAGGACUACGCUGACGACGGCAACCACGACAUGGGGCUACCUGUGGGUGUGCCGGAUGUCCCCGAUGGUGCCGAAGCCCAGGUGGCCUCUCAGGUCCUGGAGGCUGAAGAGUUGGAGAAUGAGAGAGAGCGCGAGGAGGACCUGAGGGAGGAGUCAGAUGAGGAGGACGAUGAAGAUGAGCAGUCAGGCCGACUGCGCUUCAAGACGGAGAGGAAGGACGCCACUGUCAUCCGGCUGUCCGAUACCUCCAGUAAAAGACGGGACAUCCCCGAAACUCUGGAGCUGUCAGAGGAGGCCAAAGCGGACCUUCUGGAGUUCGAGGAGAAGGAGAGGCUCAGGAAGCAAGGGCGCUUCGGAGGUCGGGGCCGUGGAAGGGGAGGAGGAAGAGGACGCGGCGGACGGGGCGGGUUCCCCUUGUUCGGGCUGGGAGACUUCAGGGGGGACAUCAGGGGACGCAUGAAUGACCAGAGGAUGGCGCCGCUGCUCACCAUGCCCAUGGGGGUGCAGUCACCCCCCCGGAUGUCGCCGCUCCACCCGCAUCACCAGCUCCACCCGCCACCCCGUGGGCCCUUCCAGGAGCACGGCCCCCCCAGGCAGCCCCCGCAGCCGCUGAUCCCACCACACCUGGGCCACCGCUCGGCGCCGGUGCCGCCACCCCACGGCCCGCUGGGCCGCCCCCCAGUCGACGCGGCACAGAUGCUGAGCCCCCAGCCGGUGCGCUCCCCCCAGCAGCAGCAUCAGCAGCAGCAACAUCAGCAACAACCCAAGAACAUCCAUAUCAACCCCCACUUCAGGGGCUUGGCUGCCAACUCCCCCAUGCAAGUGCCCCUGAUGCCCACCCAGAACCAACCCCGGCCCGCUGUGGUUCCCCCAAGGUUUCCGGGACCAGCGGAUUUUCAGCAGCACAUUCCUCGUAACUUCACCCCCCCACACAGGCCCCACCCACCGGAGCCCUGGAGGGCCCCCCUGCUCCCCCAGGAGAGAGAGCCUUUCUUCAUUGGCGAGCCCCGCUUCCCCGGCCACCACAUGCUGGAUCAGCAGAAUGCCCCAGCUCCCUUGAUGAGCCACGGUCACCCCCUUCCUGGCCCCGGCCCCGGGCCCCUGACCUUCGGCCAGGGUCAGCAGCAGCCUCCACCGCCUCCACAACCCCCGCUGGCCCAGCAGCAGCCCCCACCCAUCUUCCAGAGGGAGCCGAUCCGGCCCGGCCUGCCGCCACAGGGGCCCCUGGGCAUGCAGGGCCUGGGCCAGCAUGGGCCCCCCAACCCCAGGCAGCAUUUCAUGCCACCCCGACAGCAGCAGCAGCAGCAGUUCCCCGGGCACCAGCCGGGGCCUCCCUUCCCUCCGCAGCACUUGCAGUUUGGCAUGCAGGUACGACAGAGAGGUCUGCCCCCCCCACCGCAUGGCCAGCCCCAGCACCACGACAUGCAGCAGCAGCCGCCCCCCUUGCCUCCACCCCAGCACCACCAUGGCCAGCACCCCCACCACCCAGGGGGCCAUGCACAGCCACAAGCCCCCUUUCGGCAGCCCCCGCCACCCCACGGCAUCCAGCCACAGCUGCACCACCACCUGCAGCACCCGCCACGCCCGCUACGCCCCCAGCCUCGACUUGUUCCCAUCAAGCCCCGCAUGAACCCACCGGCCCCCAAUAUGAUGAAACCCCCCAUCCAGCAGGUGCAGGCCCUCCAGCGCAACAGCAACCUGCGCGAGCUCCCUGUGGCCCCCGCCAGUAUGAGUGCCGCCGCCUCCCCCCUGCCCACCUCCAUGCCUGCCGCGCAGAUUCGGCCCACGGCCCGUCGGCUGCCUCCCCCUGGUAAGAUGGAGGUGCCCAGGACCCCCGACCGGACGGUGCUUCAGAAGGUCAAGCCGGAGCCCCCAGUUGUGCAGCCUGGACCCAGUCAGAUGGUCGAGCCGGAGGACCCAGAUGAGGAUGAGGAGACCCGCCUGUACCGGCUGAAGAUUGAAGAGCAGAAGCGUCUGCGGGAGGAGAUCCUGAAACGCAAGGAGCUGCGCAGGCAGCUGCAAGCUGGCAUGAGGAAGAAGGAGCUGUUGGAGAGACUGGCCAGUCAGCAGCAGGGUCCGCAGCCCCCCACGCAGCCGCCGCCACAGUCGCCCCUGCCCCAGCCACCUGUGCAGACCCCAGCCUCUAAUGGAGCGGCCCAAGCCCUGCCUCCACCCGGCCCCGCCCCCUCGCCCCGGCCCAACGUCAAGGCCCGCCUCCUCCUGAACAAGCCCCCCACUCAGGGAUGGCCGGGCCCUCCCCAGCAAAACAUCCAGCCCCAGCAGGGCCCCGAGUUCGCGCCCCCGCUAGCCAGGAGCCCCACCCGGCCGGGCCCCCAGUUCCAGAGUCCGCAGGCCCCCGGCAGGCAGCAUGUGACCCCGGUUCCCAUGUCGGGGCCACAGCCACUGCAGCAGCACCCACCCCCUCCCCAGCAGGCAAUCGCCAGGGACGCCCAAAGCCGGCCACAGGACCUGAAGCCCGGCGUGAAGCGCACUGUCAUGCAGAGGGCCAAUUCCGGCGGGCGGGACGGACACCUGCUGCCUCAGAAAGUCCGCGUGGUCAAGCUUCUCGGGGGGGGAGGUGAGCUCUGCGACAGCGCCAACGCCCCACCGCACCUGCAGAGGGCGCGCCCCCCCCCCCAGCUGCGGCAGGUGCCUGUGAGGAAGGUCACUGUGGGCAACUUGGGCCAGAACCCCCAGAUGCAGGCUCACCCACAGAACCUGCAGCAGCUGACGCCACACAUGGGCCGGGGCGCCCCCAUCAACCCGUUACAGGCCCGGGGGCGUGGCAGGGGCGGAGCCAUGGGGGGCAUGGGGGGGCGUGGCAGAGGCAGGGCCAUGCCGACCAGACAGGGCAUGCGUGCCCCCGACAACCAGCUGUGUGGGGUGUCCAUCGAGGGCCUGUCGUCCUCCACCACCGACGUGCAGCUGAAGAACCUUCUGAUGUCCAUUGGUCCCAUCCAGAUGUUCAAGAUGAUUCCACACCAACGGAAGGCCAUUGCGAAGUUCACCAACCCUCAGCAUGCAUACAGUUUCCAGCAGAGUUUUCACAGGCACAUGAUAGAUCUGUCGCAUAUCGAUGUUUCACUGAUCGACGGCUGAAAUGAGGCAGUCGAGGGUUGGGGGAGGAGCGGACGGCGGAGGGCGGUCUGGCCUUUGCGGGUGUGACGGCAGCAGCGACGGCGGUGACCGCGCACACCUUCAUGGCGGGGAUUGCCGGACUCCAGCGGCUGUCUGUCCUUGGACGUCAUCCUGCAAGACACUCAAAAGAGAAAUUGCUCAUUUCGGCCCUGCGGUCGUCAAAUGUUCAGUCGGGGGUGCAGAAAUGGAGGGGCCUCCGUGCAGACCUCCUCCAGUGAAGACUGGGACCUGCUGGCGAGGCCCUUCCCACGUCUAACGGCGAGAUUGAGCGAGGACUGGAACCGGAAAUAAUGGUUGUUCCCAUCUUGCGGAAUUUCAGUACAUCGUCUCUCCUUGAGAUGGAAAGCUGUGGCUCCAUCUGUUGUACCACAGGACAACUUUAUUAACUUACAUUCGGGUCUUUGUUCUUUUUUUCAAUUCUUGACAAUACCGUGUAGAGCCUCUGGGUAGCACUCAGUCAGGUUAUCUGACACUCCAUGACUUCUGGAAUACUUAGUAGUUUUCUAUAGCACCACCUACUGGACGAAAUAUGUAUUUGUAAGCCAUUAUCUUCCUUUUUCUCCGUGGAUGAAUGUAACGCUACUGUCUAGUGGUUUAAAUUUGCAGAUCGUCUGUUUUGAUAUGGGUCUGAGACUCCGGCUUUGAUAAGACAGUGUGCCCUUACCAAAAUGUGCAUGUUUCUCUAGAGUAUAAACUGCAUAACAGGAUUUGCUGGGCUGGCUUUAUGGUCCGUUCACACGAUGCGAGGAACACCGAAGAAUCUUGCAAGCAUUUAUCUUGCAUGCAGAUUCGGGCUGAUGUGAUGUAGCACAGGGAAAUAAUAGCACCCGUACAGAUACGUUUAGGAUGCUGUGUAGCUUGUGCAGCUAACUUGAUUGGGUCUUCAUUCGACACCACAUGACCUUAGAGGACCUGUAGAACACUCUCAAUUUUGUCCCUGCCCUCUGACUGUGCAUGGAUUUGUUGCCCUCUAGUGACAAUCUGUCAAGUCCCUGUGUCUGUCUCCAUCAGGGAUCCUUAAAUGCCUGAGGAACCUGAUUUGUCUCCUCGCUGACCGUGAUUUUGCUCCAUUGUGGAUUUUUUUUUUUUUAAUUGUCGCUGCGGUUAGAGUACCUGAGAACUGUGGCUAAAUGUAUAUAUAUUUUUUACAUUUAGAAAGUAGUUUUAAUUUUCCUCUGCACGUCUGGUAUAGGUGAGACUGACAGAGGGGGGUUUCCGUACCUGUGUGUGUAGCUCAGCCGGGUACCUGAAUUGCUUUGUGCGCGGUGACAGCGUUGCCCACCCCCCUCUUAAGGGUAAGCCAAACAGUGUAACCCGCUGUGGCUGUGCUGAGUUUAGCUUCCCUGCUUUUUAGCGGGAUGUAAAGCUCUGUUACAAUGCCUGGAUAUUCAGGGCCACGUUAGCGUGCCUUGCUUAGGGUUCCCUGUGUUCUCUUGCCUCAAAUAUUAGUUUUUUUUUUUUUUUUAGCAGUGUUCUUUGAAGGUAGACUGAAAAGUCUGUGAGAUCGCGCCUGUUGCGUAUAGGGCUGAGCAAGUUCAGAACCUGUAGCUUACUACUACAGAUUGACUAUGUGUCUACUUAGGUGCAGGCUGAACACAGCGUGAGCAGGUGUAGAUCUCCGUGCCUUAGCAGGCACCAGGCACCGAGACGUUUAGGUAUGUCCAGCUGUAAGACCUAGCCUAGUGGGGUCUAUUCCUUCAGAUGUUCUGGGGUCUGUUCUGUUCAGAUGCUGUCAUCAGCACUUGGAUAAUGCCCCCCUGCUCAAGUCUUUCACCAGAACGUUCUUUUAUAUGGCAUUUAUUCUGCGAACGUGGUUUUAAUCCCCAGCUUCUUCUUCUUCCUUUAACCUUAGUUGUGCCAGUUAAAUACCUUUCAAAGCAAGAUGAGUUGACCUCUGAGCCCUUUUAGUCACGGAGAUAGUUUUUUUCGCCACGUUAUGGUACCAGACGUGUUUAUGCCAGUGAAGGAGAUGCUGAAGGUAGUUGAGGUUGUAAAUUCCUCUAUCUGGUGGUAUGGUUUCUGUUUCUCAACUAGUCACACUAAAACCCACUAUUCUAACUAAGGACCAUGAGGGUAGCUGGAAUAUACCCGUGUUGGGUGGUUGUGUAGAAUUAAAGCAAGUGGAAUCCCAUUCUGCAGGUUAUCUCCAUUUCAAGCAGCUCACCACAGCAUACUGUCUUAUCAAAAUAAUGCCUUUUCAUUUUAUGGAACAAACAAUUUUUUUGACUGUAUUCAGAUGUAACAGGAAAGGGGGAUUUGAACAGUCUUGUGGAAACAUGUCCCGAUGACUUGGAUAUGAUCCAUGUGGGAUUCUGAUACCCGGGAGAGAUUGUUCUUUGGUAAGAUGUGGGACAACCAUUAUCGAUUUCACCGGCUGUGUACAUUUUAGACCGAGAGGAUCGGUCAGGAUUCUGUUGAGCACUGUUUAUAGAUCUUGUUUGAGUUCGUGUGCGUAAUCUUUCUCCCCCAGGUUCCUUAAACAGUAACUCCUGUUGCAUGUAUUAAGUAAACCUUUUUUAUGACGAUGUUGACAUUGGUCUUUUAUUUAUCAUUUCAGUUGAUGCUGGUUUUAUGAGUCUUGGGUUCAGUUUAGAAGCUUUCGGAAACAGAGCAUUUUGGAAACCAAAAGUGUCAAAGAAAAAAAUGUUUUUGUGUAUUAAUUGUGUGUCAGGUGCUUCACCUUUAUGACCCUACGGUUUGUCUGACUCGUCCAUUUACCCUUUUUCUGUUCUCCUGUCCUUUACGAUGAUCCGGCCCCACAAAUGGAAGAGGUUUGUGUUUCCAUCAAACGGAGGGGGGCAGCACUGAGUGCUUGUGUGACAUAUCAGCUGGAAAACAGGCAACAUUUCUGCUUGUUUUGUGUCUGAAGGUUUCAGUUCUCAUGUUGGUUUGAUAUUGUAAGUUCUUAUGCAGUGUUUUGGGAAAGUAUGAAAUAUCUUCAUCUGCCUUUAAUGUUCUUAACAGUUAAAUUUAUCACUAAGGACUCCUCAGUUUCAGCUCAGUCGAAGCCGAUGCUGAAGUGUGUGUGUGUGUGUGCGCGUCUGAGUGUGUGUAUGCUGUGUCUGCACUGUAAGUCCGUGGUAAACUACCAUUGUUUUAUAUAUAUUUGCAAGAGCAAUGGGUGCAUAUUUUUGUUUUUUGUUUUCUUUUUCAUUAGUACUUUUUUAUUUCUAUUUUAUGGUCAGAGGUCAUGACCUUAUGGGUUGAGCACCCGUGGUGCUUGUAUGUGCUGUUGUUUUUCUUUUUUUAUGUCCCCCCCCUCCCCUCCCCCGUCAGGGGCAUUUUAACCUGACCAGUAAAAUGCAUUUUAAGAAGGUUCUUAAUUCUGAUGGUUUGCUUGUUUGUGGUGGGUGUACAAACUUUAAUGUAAAUCCUAUGGAUUUGGAGAGUUUGUUACACCAAUUCCUACGCUAGUUUUAAGCAUUUGCUUAUGCAGAAAUCCAGGUCCAUAUUGGACCUCCUCGUAUCUUUUAUAAGACUUAGUCUGGCUAGAAACAGCCUCUGUUAUCCUGUAUCAGGGUGGCUGACACCUUCUGUUUAACUUGAAGCUUUGUGGUUGCAAGUUAAUUGGUUGCUUUACUUUUUAUAAACCUGUAAGGAGGCUUAUUUCUAGAAAAUUUUCAUUAAUUGCUGCUAAGCAGCUGUAAUACUGUUUUACAUCGUUAUGUAAUCUGUGUAAUACCUUGAACAGCUAAGGCAUCCUAAUCAAAAUAACUGCAGGUAAAAUGUAGUUCAUAUUUGCAUUACUCUUGCCAUUGAUAUAAAAUGGGCUGGGGUUAGGGGUGUGGGGUGGAUUUUGAGGUAUGUGACUGUCAUUUUGUCUCUGUGUUUCUCUGGUGUGAUGUGGAAACACUGAAAUUUGACCAAAUAUUUGCCUUGUCUGGGAGUAGGGAGGUGUGUUCUGUGUUUUUGUGGGAAGGGCAGUCUGGCAUUUUCUCAUUUCCCGGUGACCUCUAACCUUUUCUUCCUACAGGGACUCUGGACACGUGCUGAUCUCUCAACAACUUUGUUUAUCUAUCAGAUUGCUAUUUGCCCCCCCGGUUGGUGCCUGAGGAUGUGGCGUGCCCCCUGCAUCCCCCCCCCCCCCAAAUGCUGCUUGGUCUCUUCCAGUUAAUGUGACUCUCUUUUUUUUACAGGUCAUUGCUUCCUGGGUCACCCUGAACACUCUCAGCCAUGCUAACCAGUCUGUCUGUUUUCAGAUGCCCCCCUUGAAGGACUCUGGACCCGUCCCAUGUUGUUUGUGCUGUAUUUUUUAAUGACCUUUAACCUCACACUCUCUACACACGCAUACAUAAAAUGGGCUUCUAUUUUCGUGGGUCUUCUGGAGGUGGGAGGGAGGGUGCACUGUGUUAUUAAAUGAACUGAACCAUUGUGUGUUGAAUAGGUCCUGGAACAGCCAUUGUUUUGUUAGCCCAGGGGACGGAGGUUCUGGACAGCGACCAGGCUGGCGCUAUCAUAGUCGGAUACUUGCCCCGCUCUCUCCAUAUCAGCCCCCCACCCCACCCUGUGACCUUGCUCCUCAGGUGCUUGGUUUCUGUGAGGUACCGAGGGCUUCUGUAUUACGCUUAAAGGAAGCAGCCUGUUCGUUUUGUUCUCCGAGUCUGGUCGAUAUAAUCCUGUCGUCUGAAUUGUUGCAAAGACAAACCCUGUGUGGUACAUCUUCUGUAUAUCGAUGAUUGGCCUCGCGUGUAAAACGAAAGCCUCUUGUGCAAACCUGUACAAACGAAUAAAGCGUCUGACAGCAAAUGUUUGCAGUCAGAUAUUCUCCAUUGUUACAAAAGCAUUGCUUAUGUCCUAGAAGAACAAACGAAUAAUAAAUUUUAUAUUUCAUCAAA